AUGGCGACUCUGACCAGACGUCAGCAAGAUGUAGUUCACAACUGCGUAAACCAGAACGGCAACUACUUCAUAACAGGUUCUGGAGGCACAGGCAAAAGCACAAUUCUGAGGGGGAUCAUCGAAGAACUGAAGAUUAUAUAUCCGAACAACGCCGGCGAGCUCGUCGUAACAGCCUCAACCGGAGCCGCAGCGUGCUGUAUAUCUGGAACCACGCUUCACUCAUUUGCUGGUAUACAGCUAGGCACAGACCCGAUACCGGCGUGCGUACGCAAAGUAAGCUCCAGUACUACUCUUAGAAAGAGGUGGCAGCUGGUUCGUCUCUUAAUAGUAGACGAGGUAUCCAUGAUAGAUGUCGGGUACAUAGAGAAAAUAGACGCCGUAGCUAGAGCUGUUCGUGGCAACAAGAAAGCUAUGGGUGGUAUAAAGCUCAUAUUUUGUGGAGACUUCCUACAGCUGCCAUCUGUAGACCAGAGGCGCGAGCAUUUGUUCCGCAGUGCGUGGUGGGCGAGAGCUAACAUACAACCUGUGCUUCUCACUGAGUCGAUGAGACAAUCAGACUCUGAUUUUGUGGCCGAUUUAAAUCUCAUGCGUAUGGGCUCCAUGCCAAUGGGGCCCCUGUUACCCAUACUACGUGGCGAGUGUUCCCAGUAUGCAGUAGACAUGGCCUCGCAAGCCACCAAACUGAAGUGUCUUAAGCACACAGCAGAGCUUCACAAUGCGAAUCAACUAAGUGCCCUCAAGACCGGCGAACUUUUUACGCACGAAGCCAUGGACGCAGGUCGCGAUCACGGAGGCUCUCUGGCUAGACAGUGUCCCCUUCAGACAAUACUCGAGACAAAAGUAGGAGCCCUGGUUAUGCUAGUUAGAAACUUGCCUAACGGGCUAGUAAAUGGCAGUACCGGCAGGGUUUCGCAUUACUUAGAGGUGAGUUCAGGUGGAAUAGUAGAAAAUGUGCCAGUGGUCAACAUGGUAACUUCUGAUGGUCAGCCCAUACAGUAUGUGGCCAACCGCGAACUCUGCACUAUAAUAGAUUCCGGUGGCAAUGUAACCUGGUCUCGAUACCAGGUACCUCUGAUACUAGCGUGGGCUCUUACAAUCCAUAGAGCACAGGGCGCCACGUUAGAGCUGGUAGACGCCGAUCUAAAGGGUUGCUUUGCCACCGGCCAGGCGUAUGUGGCUUGUAGUAGAGUUACUUCGGCAAUAGGGCUCAAGGUUUCGAAUUUUGCGCCGUCUUGCAUUAAAGCCGACCCAGAAGCGGUCAGGUACUAUAGAGAACUUGAGAGUGCAUCAUAA